AUGUCGCUACUUCCGAUUCUGUUUCGCAGCUGGUGCGAUGAUUUUGUGGAUGUUCAACCCAAACCAUCCACCAUCCAGGAAAAAUAUUUUGGAGAAGAUAGUUUUCCAGAAGAUCUUAUGCAAGCGAUCGAUCGAGUUCCGAAACGUCGGGGAUUGAAACGUUCGCGAUACAUGGCAGACGAGGUCCAAGAUGAUCUAGCGGCGGUGAUGAACGACAAAGGCGGAUUCCAAGUAAGCGUAGACGUUCAGCAAUUUACUCCAGAGGAGAUCUCGGUGAAAAUGGUGGAUGAUUAUCUAACUGUAGAAGGCAAACACGAGGAAAAGCAGGAUGAACAUGGUUUUGUUUCACGACAUUUUAUUCGCAAAUACAGGCUUCCGGAAGGACACGAUGCGGCGAAAGUGGUUUCGUCACUUUCAUCGGACGGAGUGUUGACUAUCAAAGCUCCAAAAAUGGACCCCAUCGAACCGAAGACGGAAAGAAGCAUUCCGAUUAUACAAACGAGAAAGCCUAAUAAAAAAGUGAAACGGAGAUCGUAA